AUGAGUUCCUCGGAUCUCAUUGAUGUUACUGCUCAACCAGCCAUUGCUUCCUGGACUCACGAAAACGGGGCGUUCCGUUAUCUCGAAGCCCUUCGAUUCCAUAUCUUUCACGAUCCGUCGACUAGCACCGCAUUCUUCAAGCUACGGGCCACGGUGACGUUCAAGGCAACUGGCGGGAGACCAAAAAGGACAACAGCUGCCUGGCUCCACAUUGCUCCCGAACGAGUUGAGACGAUUGCUCUGGAAGACGAGAAAAUUUUAUAUGGUGGUAAAGGCGGGCAGGUUGUUGAGCUCGACAGCCUAGACCUUCCAGGCCCUGCUGGCAACGAGGCAUCCCCGCCACCGUACGCAGAUAUUGGACCUAGUCCUCCCUUUGUAACGGAUACUCCCGUGGGGAAAAAGCGGCGGAGGACCAGCUCAGAAGCCAGUGCCACGCCGUGUCGGGAAGACGACAGCAAAGCCAUCGAAGACAAGACGGCCUUUGCUAAGGCUCUCAAGGACGACUUGAAGGCAGAGCUGAAGGCAGAGUUGAUGAGCGAGCUCAGGGCUGACGUGAAAGCCGAGCUCAAAGACCAGGUGAAGACUGAGCUGGUCAAAGAGGUAAUACGGGAGAUAGAGGGGCGAAUUCUCCAUCGCGUUGAAGAACGUCUGCAGGAACAGGCAGAUGAUUUCGAAAAACAAUUAUACGAUCUCCGGCACGAGUUUGGAGCCACGAUCUACUCCGAGGUCGAGGAUCAGACGUACACGGCUCGUAAAGAACUGGAAGAUUUUGUACAGGAGGAAAUGGAAGAAGCCCAAAAACGAGUCGAGGAACGCAUAGUAGAUAGAUUAGAGUGUGCCAGCAUGAAUAUAAGAUUCAAUGACCGCUAG